AAUCAGGAUAGAAAAGCGGAAUACAUCCUGGGUCUGCUGCAGGUUCUAGCGCUAGCAUCAGAAAAGAGAUGGAGGACUUUGGCUCGGGGGGUUCAGUCCAGAACGGAAGAGUGGACGAGGAUGCAGCAUCUGGGUCAGGAGAAAAUGAGCAGAGGCGAGCGCAGCUGAAAAGAAAGAUGGAUGUGAAAGCAAAGAAAGCCAAAAAAAAGGCCAGAUUGCCCCGACCUCAACAGCCCAACUACACCAUUGAGCAGGGGGAAGACAUGCUUCUUUAUAUAACCAAUGUUUCGUCUCAGUUUGAAGUGUUUCGGACUCCUAGGAGUAAAAAAGGUCCCAAAAGAAAGUCGCUUAAGAAUCAGAAAAAGAAACGAAAGACGGUUCGUCCCAAACCUAAGCUGGAGAAGAAAGCAGCGAAGAAGAAAAAGGAGCAAAGGUUUUCUGAGCCCCAGCUGGAGGCUGAGGACAGAUGGGGGCAGCAUUUACCAGAGGAGGUGCUGGUCAACAUAUUCCAAAUGGUGGUGGUCCAGGAUGGUGCUGUGCCUUUUCUAUGCAGGGUCGGCAGAGUUUGUCGUCUGUGGAACGCCGCCGCCUCCACGUUGAUUCUGUGGAGGAAGGUGACAGUCGGCCACUGCUGGAUCGAACCAGCAAGAAAACAGCUUGAAAAGACUGAGAACAAGAUCAAGAAAACUGUUACCUGGCUGGCUCAAAACAGAUUCUCCCAGCUGCGGGACUUCACUCUCUGUCACUGGACAAAGAACGUUGACUUCACUUUAGAGGUUGUUUCAAAGUUUUGUCCUCAUCUUCAUUCAAUCCACCUGUCUUACUGCAAAGGUCUGACAGCGAGCGGCAUCCAGAGCCUCGGCCAGCACAGCCGCUCCCUGCAGAGGAUCAAUCUGCAGCAUUCAGAGUUUCAGGUUGAAGGACUGGUGGAGUACCUGGAGGAGCACGGGAAGCAGAUCAGGGAGAUGCUGUUCACCCGCAGCAACAGGAGUGACAAAGUUCUGGCAGCAAUCACUAGGGGAUGCUGUCCUGAUCUGGAGCUGUUGGAUGUGAACAAGAAGCUCGACAGUAAAGACACAGAGCUGUCUGUUUGCUUUCAGUCGCUGCAGAAGGCCUGCCCCAAACUUAAGGUCUUCAGGAUGCUAAACAUCCAAAUUAAUCACAAACCGAUGCAAAGAAGAGACGAGUCAGAAGCCGGAUUCCCACUUCUGGAUGAGUUUUGUAUCGCCAACACCGAGUAUUCCUACAUGACCGACCAGGUUUUACAGGAUAUUCUGUUCGGCUCCACCCAGCUGCGAGUGCUGGACCUGCGAGGCUCCACGCGGAUCACGACCUGUGGCCUGGCACAGUUACCGUGUCCCAAGCUUGAGUGCCUGUUCUGGGGUCAGUAUUUCACCAAAAACCUUGGGUUCACGUCUGUAAAGAAGAACCUUCACCUGCUGAUGGAGAAGUGGGGUCAGACGCUGCAGCAGCUGGACAUCACCAACCAGCCUUUUACCGGGACCGACCUGGAGGUGGCGCUGAGUUUCCUUCUUCAGGUGGCCCACACGGAGACGCUGCUCUCCCUGAACCUCAGCGGCACCAGGGUCACGCUGCAGCCACUCAGGGCAGUUGUUGAACGAAUGACGAGUCUGAACUACCUAAAUAUUUCAUCAUGUCGCAACCUUCCAAGAGGAGUGAGAAAGAUUUACCGCAGCCGAGAGGACAUUCGUAAGCUGUUGGACAAUCUGCACUGAUGGCAGAACCUUUGGUGCCUCAUGCCUUGGAGCACGAGAACAGUUUUCAUGCAGAUUCUUUUCUAUUUGUUGUAAUUUGUAAACUGACUUGGAAAACAGCUAGAAAACCUGUUGAUAUUGUACUAACUUGACUUAAGUGUCUAGCUUUAUUUUAUAGCACACCGGUUGUUUUUCUACAGAAAAAAGUUACGAGUUAACUCAGGAUUCCUGGAUUUUGAUCGUUUUUAUUUGUACAUACUGUAUUUCGGUAUGGUUUAGUAUGUCGGACCAAUCUUUUAGGGAGUUUAAUGACUAAAACAUUUUUCAAGCAAUUAUAGACGACUUGUUUACACAAACAAAGUCUAAUUUUCUUUCACCCGACUACAAGUUGCCAAGGUUAAAGAGGAAACAAAACCUUUUUUUUAAAGUUGUUCUGGAAACUCAUUGAAGACCAGAAAUAUAUUUUAGUUUAAUGUUGAAUUAAACGUUUUUCUGGUGGUCAAAGUAUAAAAAUGCUUUAAGCGCUGAAUGCUGAGAAUGAAAAGUAACUGUUCCCUGUUGAAAGAAACAUUAAAAAGGACACAUGAAAAUGUC